AAUCAUAUUUUAGCCUAAAAACUUUAUAUUUAAUCAGCAACUUAUAAUCCUUUUUCUAAACUCAACAGAACUCUUCCUUUUCCAAUUAAAAAAUCACCUGCAAAGAAUAUUCCAUCUUAUUAAAAUUAUUAUAUAUCUUAAAAUUCUAUUUUCUAUUUCGGUAAAGCAAAUCUCCAUUUUCUAACCCAAACAAAUGCAUUAUCUUCAAAAUCAAUAUAUUAAAUUAAUUUUCUUAAUGAAAAAGAUGCUUUUUCCUUAAUUAAUUCAUCUUAUUUCUCUUCAUAGUAUUAACUACUGAAAUUAUCACUCAUUUGUACUAUUAACAUAGAUUUUUAUUCUGGAACAUGUCCUUCUUUAUCAUCUUCUAUUGAAACCCAAGAAACAUCAUGUUCUCUGUCAAUGUUAAGAAGAGCAAAGUAAUCUUCUGAGGGAAUUAUUUUUUAUUUAGAGCUAUAAUUAAACAAAUACAUUUUGAGUAUUCACAUUUCGAGAAUAUAUUUAUGAGUUAUUGUUUUUUUUCGUAUUAGCUUUUUUCGAAUAAUUAUACAAUUUAAGGGGCAGGGAAGGUUAAUAAAAUAUAAUUCGAAAAAAAGGGUUUUUUAUUUUCAGAAUCUGUUAUUUUCCACAUUUUUUAAGUCAAAUCAUAUUCCAAUUUUUCGACUUUAUAUUCAAAUUAAAUUGAUUCAUUUUUUAAUUGGUUUUUUAGAAUUUCUGAUAAAUACAUAAUACCAUUUUUAUAUGUGUAUUUUUCUGCUUAAUGUUAUUAAUCGUAUUUUAUUUAAUUGUCCUUUGUAAAUGUAUAUACAUCUUUUUUUAUUUGUAUUAAUGAGGGAUUAUAUAAUGACUAUUUUAUUAAUUUUUUCAUUUCUUCGGGAUUCUCUAAUGCUUCAAAAGUGAAAUAGUUUGCACCAUAGUCAUAUGUGUAAUUCAUUCGAGAACUCGUAGUGGCACGACCUCCUAUUUUUUUAGAUUUUUCAAGAAGGUUUAAUGUUAUAGGAAUAUUCUGAGAUAUUAAUUUAUAAGCACAACCUAAAC